CCCUUAGUGCCGCGUUCCUCGUUCCCUCCCCCGCCGCUGUCCGAUAUGCCAGGCGCGCUCCCCGGUGUUCCCUGGCGCAGCCUCCAGGGAGCGGGAGGGCAGCCCUGGCCGGGCCCGCGGUGGGAGAGGGCCCCGGGCGCUCCCCAGAGCCGGUGUGGGUGGCGGGGAAUGUGGCGUGAUCCGCGAUCCCGUGACUCCGGGGCAGGCGGCGGCUCCUUUGCGAAGCGGCUCCAGCCGGCGCCUGGCCGGUCGCCGACCCCGCAGUGCUUCCUCACGUCUGAGAGAGUUCGCUGGUUUGUCAGGGUGUAACUCAGCUCCGUGCCGGUGUCCUCAACACAUUUCAGAUUGGGAGCAGAAGUAUUACAGCUCCUUGUAGCUCCUUUUUCUCGCUGCUGUGUGCUCGGAGGAGUCACCGUCCCUGGAGGUGUUUAAGGACAGGCUGGACGUGGCGCUCAGAGCCGUGGGCUGGUUCACAGGGUGGUGUUCGGCCAGAGAUUUUUGGAAACUUGCAGAUCUGCUAUAGGCAACAAGUUUAACCACUGUAGUGAUUGAGGGCUGAGAAAUGUAAAACCUCCACGAACAGUUUAGGAAACCAGGAGGAUCUUUUCCAGUAACAAUGGCAGCAAAAUCAUCACUCCUUAAAGUAAUACUGCUCGGAGAUGGUGGAGUUGGGAAGAGUUCCCUUAUGAACAGAUACGUCACCAACAAGUUUGAUGCACAGCUGUUUCAUACAAUAGGUGUGGAAUUCUUAAAUAAAGAGUUGGAAGUCGAUGGACAUUUUGUUACAAUGCAGAUAUGGGACACAGCAGGUCAGGAACGGUUUAGGAGCUUGCGGACUCCUUUCUAUAGAGGUUCUGACUGUUGCCUGCUAACCUUCAGCGUGGAUGACUCUCAGAGCUUCCAAAACUUAAGCAACUGGAAGAAAGAAUUCAUUUAUUAUGCAGAUGUCAAGGAGCCUGAAAGUUUUCCAUUUGUGAUACUGGGUAACAAAGUUGAUAUCGAUGAAAGGCAAGUAUCUACAGAAGAAGCCCAAGACUGGUGCAGGAAUAAUGGCAACCAUCCCUAUUUUGAAACCAGUGCAAAAGAUGCCACUAACGUUGCAGCAGCCUUUGAAGAAGCUGUUAGAAGAGUUCUAGCCUCUGAAGAUAGAUCAGAUCACUUUAUUCAAACAGAUACAGUAAACCUUCAUAGGAAACCGAAACCCAGUUCAUCUUGUUGUUGACUUAAAUAUUUUUUUGCCAAAUUACUGUUGACUAGCUUGCUCUAUAAAAGAAAGGGGAAAGUGUAGUAGAUAGAAUAACAAAUGGGUUUCACUCUGAUAUUAAAAAUCAUAAUAUUCUGCUGCUUUCAUGGGGGAGAAAAAGGAAAAUCUCCAUUUAUGAGUGACCCGUUACUGAAUUAGUGAUGCUUUCUGUUUAGGAAGACAUUGAGUAAAACAAUUAAUAAAAAAUUGUAAUUUGCCAACUUUAUUCAAAUGAUAAAUACUUUGAAUAGAAUUAAAACUUGAAAGUUCUAGAAGCACUACUUUGGAGAAGCUGUUCUGGAAUUCAGGCACAAAGAUACUUUUAUAUGUGUAUAUUUUUAUGAAAUCGGCAUUCCACUUUUGUUUCAUUAGAUGUCAGUUUCUUAACGAUGCUAGAUAUUAAACUUCAGUCUCACUACAUUC